AGAGAGAGAGAGAGAGAGAGGCAACAUGUGUCUGGUGUGAUAUCGUUCCACUCCUUCCCUCUAAAUAGACUGAGAGACGAACCUUGAGGACAGGCUGAGAGUCCCUAAUUCUGAGCCUUGGACUGAAAGAAGAGGACAGUCACACACGGACUGACCCUGCUUUUGGUUUGUUAGCGCUGCUCAGGGUGAUCUGAGAUGGUCAGACUAUGUACCGACAGCCAUGAAGAACAGUGUGGACACACCUGGGCGGACUUGAAUGGACGCACAGACCUGAAUACUCCUGGACAUAUAAAUAGACCUGCACUCAGAAGCCUGACCACACUGAGACCUCCUCUGCUCUGAACAAGCCUCACCAUUGGCCAGCCAGGUGACUGACACACAUCCUGACCAGUGGCUGAUCCCGGUGGGCAGGGUUAAGAUGAGCCUGUCCAAUCAAAGCUGUGGUAGUAACGUUGACGACCUGCGGCGCUACCAACACCAUGUUUACGCAGUGGUCUACAGCGUCAUCUUGGCCCCGGGCCUUCUGGGUAAUGUCCUGGCUCUUUGGGUGUUCCAGGCAUACGUCAGGGAGACCAAGAGAGGAGUGGUGUUCAUGAUGAACCUGGCUGUAGCUGAUCUCAUGCAGGUCCUCUCCCUACCUCUCCGUAUCUACUACUACCUGAACCAUACCUGGCCAUUCGGCCGGCCUCUCUGCAUGUUGUGUUUCUACCUGAAAUACGUCAACAUGUACGCCUCCAUAUUCUUCCUGGUGUGUGUGAGUGUGCGGCGCUGUGAGCUCAUCAUGCACCCGCUGAGGUACCGUUCCAACAGACGACGAGGAGACAUGUGUGUCUGUGUCGCUGGCUGGCUGCUGGUCUGUCUCGGCUGUCUGCCUUUCCCUCUGCUCCGAAACACCAGCCUGCCCCCUGACCUUACCCCUAACGCCUAUGCCUCCAGUCCUAGCUCAUAUGCCCCAGCCCCCACCUCUUCCCCAACCACUACACCUGGCCCUACCUCCAUCCAGGCGGUGUGUUUUGCGGAGCUCCCCAUGCGUGAAGUCAGCCCUGCGGCCGGCUGGGCUCUGAUGGUGGGGGCGGAGCUGGUUGGCUUCAUCCUCCCUCUGAUCCUAGUUCUGACCUGUGCCUGUCUGUCAGCCGGCAGCCUGCGAGUCCACGGGGGGGAGGGGGAGGGGGGAGGGGUGAAGGACCACGGGGAGAAGAAGAGGGCGUUGAGGAUGGUGUUGAGCUGUGCCGGGGUGUUCCUGCUCUGCUUCUCCCCGUACCAUGUCACCAUGCCGCUAGACUUUCUGGCAAAGGCCGAUGCCCUGGGGAGCUGUGAGGUCAGAGAGAUGGUGCUGCGAUGCCAUCCUGUCACCCUCUGUCUCGCCAGUCUCAACUCAGGACUGGACCCUCUCAUGUAUUACUUUACUACAGAUGAGUUUAGGAGAAGAUUCAGCAGGCCAGAAAUACCUGAGAGCUUCAGUCUGGCUCCAAGACUAUCCUGUACUAGUGGUGGGGGGGGGGGGCCUGCCUCUGACCUCUGACCUCUAACCCUGACCCUGGGCCAAAGACUGUCCUGUACCGCUGGAGUCUGUAAGACUGAACCUUGACCUCUAACCCUGACCCUGGGCCAAAGACUGUCCUGUACCGCUGGAGUCUGUAAGACUGAACCCUGACCUCUAACCCCAAGACUGUCCUGUUCUGCUGUGGACAGCAAGUCAUGGGUGAAGAGGGGAAAACAAGGACAAAGACUGAACCCUGACCUCUAACCCCAAGACUGUCCUGUUCUGCUGUGGACAGCAAGUCAUGGGUGAAGAGGGGAAAACAAGGACAAAGACUGAACCCUGACCUCUAACCCCAAGACUGUCCUGUUCUGCUGUGGAUAGCAAGUCAUGGGUGAAGAGGUGAAACAAGGACAAAGGGGACAAGGAGAGAGUUUCAAAUGUAAACUAAAGACAGUUUCCGAAUGUGGACAUCUGCUGGACUGCGUUUGGAACUGGCCGGUCUGUGGUCAAAAACGCUGAGUUCAUCUCAGCCUAGGCUGCCCUUCAGUCUCUAGACUUGGCCCUGAUGGAGAUAUGGAUCACCCCAUAGAACGCUGAGUUCAUCUCAGUCUAGGCUGCCCUUCAGUCUCUAGACUUGGCCCUGAUGGAGAUAUGGAUCACCCCAUAGAACGCUGAGUUCAUCUCAGUCUAGGCUGCCCUUCAGUCUCUAGACUUGGCCCUGAUGGAGAUAUGGAUCACCCCAUAGAACACUGCUACUCCAGUUGCCCUGUCUUUAUCUGACUAUGUUUUCUCUCAUAGUCCAAGAGCAUCUGGUCAUCACCGUGGUGACACAGGGCUACUCAUUUCUCAUAAUGGGAGAUUCCAUCUCAGCAUGGAAUUCUCCUCAUUUGAAUUCCAUGCUGUCACGGUCACUUGUCAACUCAAGCUUAACAUUGUUGUAAUCUAUCGCCCAUCAGGUUCCCUUAGAGAGUUCCUCAAUGAGCUUGACACCUUGAUAACCUCAUUUCGUGACAAUGGCUCACCGCCAUUUCCUUUUCUUUCUCCCUUUCCUCCAACCAUAACCACUCAGCCCCUACCUCGAUGGUCAUGCACUGUCGCAAUCUUCUCUCUCUCUCUCCCACUACUCUCUCCUCUUCUAUCCUAUCUUCUCUCUCUCUCUCCCACUACUCUCUCCUCUUCUAUCCUAUCUUCUCUCUCUCUCUCCCACUACUCUCUCCUCUUCUAUCCUAUCUUCUCUCUCUCUCUCCCACUACGCUCUCCUCUUCUAUCCUAUCUUCUCUCUCUCUCUCCCACUACUCUCUCCUCUUCUAUCCUAUCUUCUCUCUCUCUCUCCCACUACGCUCUCCUCUUCUAUCCUAUCUUCUC